GUCUGCUGCACCGGGGGUGCCCCGCGGGCCGUGCGGGGUCGCCGGUGGCCGCACGGCGAGCGGAGGAGGAGGAGAAGGGGUGGCCCGCCGGGGCUCGGAGGAUAGUAACGUUUUGAACAGUGCCUCCCCAAGAAGUGUGAUGAGAAAUGGCUUUAGGAAACAAUACCCAGAGAAGUUACUCCAUCAUCCCCUGCUUCAUUUUUGUUGAGCUUGUCAUCAUGGCUGGGACUGUGCUGCUCGCCUACUACUUCGAGUGCACCGAUACUUUCCAGGUGCAUAUCCAAGGUUUCUUCUGCCAGGACGGGAAUUUGAUGAAACCGUAUCCCGGAACAGAGGAUGAGAGCUUCAUUUCACCUCUUGUGCUCUACUGCGUGCUGGCUUCAACUCCGACAGCUAUUAUUUUUAUUGGUGAGAUAUCCAUGUAUUUCAUAAAGUCAACCCGAGAAACCCUGAUUGUUCAAGAGAAAACUAUUUUGACUGGAGAGUGCUGUUACCUGAACCCACUGCUUCGAAGAAUAAUACGUUUUAUAGGAGUGUUUGCGUUUGGACUUUUUGCCACUGACAUAUUUGUAAACGCUGGCCAGGUUGUGACGGGGAACUUGGCUCCCUACUUCCUGACGGUGUGUAAACCCAACUACACUGGAAACGACUGCCGGACCCACCACCAGUUCAUAAACAACGGCAACAUCUGCACUGGGGACGUGGAGGUGAUUGAAAAGGCGAGGAGAUCCUUCCCAUCCAAACAUGCUGCUCUGAGCAUCUACUCAGCUUUAUAUGCCACGAUGUACAUCACAAGCACAAUUAAAACAAAGAGUAGCAGGCUAGCCAAGCCUGUGCUGUGUCUGGGUACCCUGUGUGCUGCCUUCCUCACCGGGCUAAACCGCGUGUCUGAGUAUCGGAACCACUGUUCGGACGUGAUCGCAGGCUUCAUCCUGGGGAGUGCUGUAGCUUUGUUUCUGGGGAUAUGCGUUGUCCAUAACUUUAAAGGCACUCACGGAGCUCCUUCUAAACCGAAGCCUGAAGACCCACGAGGAAUGCCACUAAUGGCUUUUCCAAGAGUGGAAAGUCCUCUGGAGACACUGAGUGCACAGAAUCACUCUGCCUCUAUGACUGAAGUAACCUGAGAUGGAAGACUGGCAACAGAAGCUAUUUUUUAUUACCCUUCAGUACAAUACUCCAAGACACACAGUUACUAAAUGUCUAACUGUGAUGACCAGUAUUAUGUUAUGUCUAGUUAGAGGCUAAUGUUUUGUACUUUUUUUGUAUGAGGAAGUGAUGUAGCUUGCCCUGAUUUUUUGUCAGCUUUAAUAUUAUUAUGCCAGAAUUUAAAAGCAAAACAGAAAAAGAACAAAAAAAAAAACCUUUUCUUGUUUAAAGUGUGCACUGAGGAACUACAUCUAUGGAGUUGUUGAUGUUGUUAUGUGAUAUUUGUACACAAUUUUUUUUUUUUUUUUUUUCAUUUUUGAAUUUAUAUAUCUUGAAAAAAGAAAAUCACUUUUACCUUUUCUUACCAUAAGAAGUGCUUCUACCAGUAGGUCAGAUUCUGAUCUGGGUAAGUUCAGCAUAGAUCUGAAGUAACUGCAUAUAUUUAAUUCAGAUUAAGAUAAUGGUGAUGAGGAAUCUAACCCGAAUGAUACUACCAACAAGUAAUAAACGUCCAUCCUUGAUUCAGUGAGCUACUUAAGUGUUCCUUAGCAUUAAGGACUCGGGUCAGCCAUCCAGUUUCCAGACUGCGUGGUGGACUUGAAGUAUGUCCUUAAGCAUCUUACUGAAUCAAAGCCUGAUUGUUCUGGUGUGGGUGAUUGUGCUAGUUAUUGAAGAAUAACUAAAGCAACGUACCCAGUCUGCAAUAUAGAUAGACUGGACACGGAAAUUUAUAGUAGUAGCUGAUAGCAUGUGAGCUGACUAUAUCAUCUCCCUUCCCCCAGGCCCAGCUAAAGCUCCCGGUGACACCUGGCUUCAGGAAUUGACUAUGGGGAUAUACAGCCACCACUGUGGAGCUGAGGCUGCGCUUUAAGUGUUCCAUAACUUCAUCAUAGAUUUGUGGGGUAACUCGUAACACUGGUGCAAAGGAAAAGUGACACCGCUUCUUCAGAGGAAGUGGCAUUACCUGGCAUUCAGAUUGGCAGAACCAAGAAGCCAGAUUUGCCCCCACGGUGUAGCUUUCGCUGAGGGGCCUUGGCAAGUCAAAAAACAAACAAACAAACAAACAAUAAUAAUAAAAAAAAAAACCUUACACGGUCUAUAGUAGCAGUCUGCAUUUUUGUAAAUUCUACCGUACAGAAUUUAUAUCAAAACUGCUAUUUUGCAAUUUAACAACUUUGUUUAAGGACUAAAAAGACAAUUAAUUGUGGGUGGAGGGUGGGGGGAAGAACAAAAAAUAGCCCAUUUACAAUGGCUAGAACUGGGGCAAAGGCUUCAUUACAUAACUUUUCACUGUUUCUAGGAUUUUCCUGCAUCUCAUUCUUUUAGCAUGGUGAUAACUGCUGUGUGUCUCCUUUAAAGAAUGGAGCCUCUGUCUGUACUUUUACUGGAAUGUUUACCUCACAUUUCCAUGUUGGUUCUUCUUGGCUUUUUUUGUAUAUUUUUUCCAAAACAGAUGCAAAAAAAAAAAAUUAUCAAAAAAAAAACCCAAAA